AUGUUAUAUGAAUUUUUAUUAAAAUUAGGGUUGAACAAAGAAGCCACAACUAUUGCCACAGAUUCAUCGGUUGGAGCAAUAGUUCCAACACCAGCAAAUGAUGAUCAUAAUCGAAAAACAACUGGUAGUGUCGAAAUGGAAUCCCCUCCACCCCAUCCAAUGCCUCCGCGUGCUACCCAGCGAGUUUUGACUUUUGUUCCCACCGACACUUCAACUCUGAGAGAACUUGUCUCCCAAUCUCUUGAUAUAUAUUGGAAUUUGCGCAGGUUUGGUGAAUCGUGGGUGGACCAACCUGCUCCUCAUUCAUUCCUCAUCUCAUGUCAAUCAAGAAAAUCAUCAGAUGGUACAAAUGAUGUUGUAAUGACAUCUAGCUUAAUGCCAUGUGAAGUAACAUUCAGAAGAAUGAUUUUCGAAUACAUUGGAGAGGUUUUGAUCGAUAUCUACUCGAGAGAAGAUAGUGUGUGUUGCGAGGGUAAUGAUCAACUGCAAUCAUACAAUCAUGCUGGUCUCUUUACUGGUCCUGUGAAAUAUCUGGCUUACAAAAAUUAUAACUUGAAGAGGAGGUUGGCUACAAAGAAGCUUCCACAUAUCUUGGAUGAACUGAAGCCCAUUGUAAUCGAUUUGAUUCUCUCAUCGCUGCCAAAUCAAUUUAAAAGUACGAUGGCCUCUGCCACAACAAAAACGAGCAAAAUGGAUCACAACAAAAAAGAUUUUGUUGAACAGUUGCUUGCAAGAGAUUUGAGAGUUGAAGAGGAAGGUUGGAUCGAUUAUGACGACGACGUCGAAGAUGUUAAAACAGCAGCGUUUGAAUCACUCUACCAAACGCUCUUAGAUGAAACACUUUCCACAGUUUCUAGAGUUUUUGACAAAAGUAAGCACAAUGAACUGAAUUUUAAAAUGUGUAUCAAUGUAUGCAUCAACGAAGAGUUAGAACAAAGCACUGUAUGCUGCACUAGUAAAAAGAUCAGUGGUCAGUUAAAUUUACAGCCUGGGGAUGCAAUAACGAUCAAAGGAUUAGAGCCACGAUUCAGUCAAGCAUCAGCCUUGUGGAUGAGUGUCAAGCGAAAAAAAUGA